AGGAGGCGCAACACUUUACACCAAUUUGCAUAAAUUCGCAAAAAUCACAGGAAAUGGUUUUUAAUUAAACCCCACAAGAUGUCCCUGGCAAAAUACCUGAAGAGGUCCGUGGAAAAGGAUGGCAAGGAUCUGGAGAGGACAGUCGAUGGCAGGCAUCCUUUCGAGGUGGUAUUUAGUCAUCCACCAUCGGAUGAUGAGGAAGAAGGCACUUCCUCACACACGUCAUUAUCGGUUCCAGAAUAUUCUGAUAGAUGGGACUCUGCUGCCAAUGGCAAGCUUGCAAUCUUCACCAGCGCCGGGGUGACGGCCUCUGAGAAGAUAGCCGGCUACGAUAUGGACGGCACCAUCAUAAAAACGAAAUCUGGAUGGGAUUUCCCCGCAGAUACCUAUGACUGGCAGAUUAUAUUCCCUGAAGUGCCGGAGAAACUGAAAAAUCUCCAUAGGAAUGGGUUUAAGAUUUGUUUCUUCACCAAUCAGCGUGGCAUAGCUCGCGGGGAAAUAGAGCUAGAUGACUUUAAAGUGAAGAUCCAGCAUAUCGUGACUGCACUAGGGGUUCCCAUCCAAGUGUUCAUAGCCAUAGGCGACGGAUUCUACCGCAAGCCGUUGACAGGAAUGUGGCAGUAUCUGAAAACCAAAAUGAAUGCAGGUGUUAGGAUUCAGAAAGAUCUCUGUUUCUUUGUGGGCGAUGCGGCCGGAAGACCGAAAACGCUUAAGGGAAACACCAAGCGACGGGAGGAUCACUCCCUUGCAGACAGACUAUUCGCGGCGAACAUUGGACUCGCAUUCUACACUCCAGAGGUUCAUUUCCUAAACGAACCAGUGGAGUACUGGAACAAGCCGGACUUCGACCCCAGUAGCGUCCAGGUUGAGGUGGCUUUGUUUGAUCCUGAUGACCUGACAUUCGAAGACCACCCCUGUGAAAUGGUCAUUAUGGUGGGAUUGCCUGGUUCUGGAAAAAGUCACUUGUGUGGUACCUUUUUCCAAAAGCGAGGCUACAAGAUUGUCAAUGCUAACACCCGAAGCACUCGGAUUGCUUUAAAAGGGUUCCUAAAGGCGGGACAAUCUUGUGUGGUGGACAGCACCAAUAUAGAUGUGGCAUCCCGCCGAAAAUUACUGCAGGUGGCUGUCGAAAUGAAGAUUCCAUGUCGCUGUCUUGUGAUGAAUGUGCCUGAGGCUCAAGUGACGCACAACCUAGCUUUCCGAGAGCUAUCAGACUCUGAACACUUCAGGGUCAGGAUUAAAAUGUUGCAGGAAGACUACCAGGAGCCAACCCUAGAUGAGGGCUUCAAAUCCAUUCACAAGGUGAACUUUAAGCCUAAGUUCGCCGACGAAAAGCUGGAAAAGCUUUACAAAAUGUACUUGCUGGAGGAGAUAGGAAGAACAAAGAGUAGUACUUAAACCAAAGUGAACAUAUAGUUAUAAUUAUAUUUACAUACGCUUGGAGUAGGAUUGGUACUCCAUAAAAAAUCUUUAUAGCAUAGUGGUUUUGCCGACAUUAGCCAGAUCUCUUAAAGAAU